GGGGGUGUCUAGUGGCGGCCGCUCAGGGUGGCCCCCGGCCAGAGGGGGGCCUGGAGCUUGCCCGGCGUCUGCAGCCCCCAGCCCGGCCCCCCGGCGCCCACCUCUGGUGCUCUGUGCCAGCUUCUCCGCCUCGCUCUCUGCUCUGUCUCCACGCACGCACCGGCUGCUCGGAAGUUGACCACGGCAUGAUCCAGAACCUGAACACGGUGCUCACGCCCAAGCUGCCGGCCAGCUGCUCUGUCCCCGUCCUGUCCAGGCCCCAGGCCCCCCGCGCCGCCUCCCUGGGCCCCCCCGAGCCCGCCGGGCCCGGGCUGUGGGGGGGCAGUGGCCAGCACCUCCGGAACCUGGGCCGCGCGGUGGGCGCCAAGGUGAACGACUUCCUGCGGAGGAAGGAACCCGGGGGGCCGGGGGUGGCGGAGGCCAGCGCGCCCGCGGGCGUCCAGCCGGCCCCAGCCGAGGACACGGUGUCCGAGAAGGAGGACGAGCAGGGCUCGGCCGCCCCGGAGGCCUUUCCCCGGCUGGAGCCGCCGCCCGCCGCCCCCAGGAAGCGGAUCCCGAGGGCCCUGAAGACCCCCCAGGACAUGCUCAUCUCCUCGCAGCCUGUCCUCAGUGGCCUGGAUGGGGACCCCGAGUUGUCCCCUGGGCGGCCCCCGGACCCCCCGCUCACCUCUGCAGACAGCGCGGACAAGGACCCCGCGGUGCCCAACGGGGACGUGCCCGACCUGCUGCACCAGGACGGCCAGGAUGCGCCCCCCGCCGCUGCCGGGGACUCCCGCAGAGACAGCCUGGGCGCCCCCGGGUCCCCUCGGGCGCGGACCCCCAGCCUGGACCCCGAGGCGCCACACCCAGACCUGCUGGCCUUCGAGUAGCCCCCGCGCCCUCCCCACUGGGACCGUGUCUGUGGGAGAAUGGGGCCGCUCCACGCCCUCCUUGCCCAGCCCCUGCACCCUCUCCUCCCUCCUCACUCCACCCCUGCGCCUUACUAGCUCCUCCCUUGCACUCUGCUAGUUCCACCCCUGCAGCCUCCUUGCUCUGCCCCUGCACCUACCUCACUCUGCCUCUGCACCCUCUCCUCUGCCUCUGCUUCUCCUUCCUCACUCCACCCCUGUGCUCUGCUAGCCCCGCCCCUGUGCCAUUGGCCCCGCCCCUGUGCCCCCUGGCUCCACCCCUAUGCCUUCUUGCUCCAUCCCUGCACUCUCUUCUCACCCUCACCACGGGUGUCUGUGGGAGGGCUGGGGGUUGCCCCUGGUGCGAGCUCAGCCCUGUCCCCAGAGUGUGGGCCAGGCACGGGAACAGAGCCUUCAGGCCCCUCUCGGCCAUGUCCCUCAGGCCCCGGCCUCUUCCGGGACAUCCAGAAGGUCCCGCUUGGGACCGGGCAGCAGGACAGGUUGGCUUGAUGACGGGGACACCCCAGAAAGCCCCCCAAAACCAGCCCACCCCUGUCCCCCAGCUUCUGCCUCCCAGGGGGUGGCCCGAGCCCCCAGGAGCCCUGUCUGACCAGAUGGAAGCCCAAGAGGGUCUGCUCGGGGUCCCCAGGGAUAGGAGGGGUGUGCCAGCCCGUGCCAUGUGCAGACGGAGCAAGACCCCUGAGAACUGGACCGUGGAGAGCCGCUGCUCCUAGUGGACACUCAGGCCCCGCCCCGUGAGAGCCUGGGACAGGCUCCGCCCAAUGAGGUCUAGUGAAAGGCUUGCUCAAGUUCCGCCCCAUGAGGUCCCAAUGCAGGCUCCACCCAAUGAGGUCCCGUGCAAGAGCUCUGCUCAGACUCUGCCCCGUGAGGUCGUAGUCCAGUCAGUGCUCCACCCCCCCCAUGCCCAUCUGCCCUGCUGGCCUGCUGCCCCCAGGCGAAGCCCAGCAGGCCUGCUGCCCCCAGGCCCACGGGGGUUCACGGCGCCUGGCGCCCCCACAUUCCAACUGUUUAGAUCCACCCCUCUCCGACUCGUCCUCUCCGGGGACCCUGAUUACCUCCGACGGCCCGCAUAGGACCGGACCCUGCCCUGGUCUCCGGGGACCCCCCCCCCACGGCCCGACGUAUGCACGGACACGCACAUGCGCUGUGGCCUUGCGUGAUCUCGGGCCCCUGUUGCGCUUCCAGAACCUUCAGGCGCCCGCCCCGCCCCGAGGGCCGCAGCCGGGCUGGCCCAGGUGCUUGAGCGGAUUUUUCUAUUUAUAUUUUUUCGUGGGUCCUGGUAGAGACGCGGCAAUAAAAGCACGUUGGGCCU